AUGAGACUCGCUCCUGGGUUCAGGACAGGGGCAGUCCGGGUCAAACGGGGUCAGACAGGGUCAGAGGGUCAUACAGGGCUCAAGAUGGGUCAGACUGGGUUCCGGACAGGGUCAGGACAGGGUCAGGACGGGGUCAGAAGGGUCAGACUGGGUCAGACUGGGACAGAUACAAGGCUCAGACAAGGUCAAGACUGGGUCAGACAGGGUCAGACAGGGUCAGACUGGGUCAGACAGGGUCAGGACAGCGGUCAGGCUGGCGUCAGACUGGGUCAUACAGGGUCAGACUUUUCACGACUGUGUCAGAACAGGGCUCCAGAACAAAGGGCAGAACAGGGUCAGACUUGGGUCAGACUGGGUCACAGGACUGGGUCAGACAAGUCAGACAAGGUAAGACUGGGUCUCAGACAGGGUCAGCAGGGUCAGACGGGUCUACAGGGGUCAGACUGGGUCAGACUGGGUCAGACAGGGUCAGACGGGUCACGACAGGGUCAGACUGGGUCUAGACUGGGUCUGACUGCGGCAGACGCAAGGGUCAGACCAAUGUCAGACUGGGUCCGACCGGGUCAGACAGCGGUUGAUGGGACAGACAGGGUCAGACAGGGGUCAGACUGGGUCCAGACUGGGUCAGACAGGGUCAGCCGGGUCAGACUGGGUCAGACUGGGUCAGGACUGGGUCAGACCUGGGUCAGACUGGGUCAGAACAAGGUACAGACAAGGUCCAGACUGGGCUUCAGACAGGGUCAGACAGGGUCAGACAGGGUCAGACUGGGUCAGACCAGGGUCGACUGGGUCAGAUGGGUCAGACAAGGUGACAAGGUCAGACUGGGUCCGACAGGGGUCAGCAGGUCAGCAGGGUCAGACCAGGGUCAGACUGGGUUCCGACAGGCCACCGUGGGUUUUACUGAAGGACGGAGGCCGAAGGAGCAGAACGCAAGUUACCCUACCGCAAUGGGUCCGGGACCGACUCCGCACCCGCUUCCCUCUGGGCUGUCUCUCUCUGGGCUGUCCUCCCUAUGGUCAGUCUCCCUCCUGGGCCUGUCUCCCUCUGGGCAGUCUCCACUGGGCAGUCUCCCUCUGGCUGUAUCCCUCUGGCCCUGUCUCUCUGGGUGUCUCCCCUUCUGGGCCAGUCUCCCUCUGGGCAGUCUCCUCUGGGCAGUCUCCCUCCUGAGCAGUUCUCCCUCUGGGGCAGUCUCCUCUCUGGGCGUCUCUCUUGGGCAGUCUCUCCUCUGGGGCAGUUCCCUCUGGGCUGUCUCUCUGGGCAGUCUCCCUCUGGGCAGUUCUCCCUCUGGGCAGUCUCCAUGGGCAGUCUCCUCUGGGCUGUCUCCCUCUGUGCAGCCAUCCCUACCUGCACAGCUCCUCCUGCGCGAAGCCUCCUCUCUGCGCAGCCUCCUCCCUGCACAGCCUCCUCCUGCACAGCCUCCUCAUGCACAGCAUCCUCCUGCCCCAGCCUCAUCCUGCGCAGGCCUCCCCUGCGCAGCCUCCUCCUGCACUGCCUUCUACUGCCAGCCUCUCCUGCACGCCUCCUCCAGCCACUCAGCCUCCUCUGGCACCAGCCUCCUCCUGCACAGGCCUCCUCCUGCGCCAGCCUCCUCUGCGCAGCCUCCUGCUGCGCAGCUCUCUCUGCGCAGCCCUCCCUCGUGCGCAGCCUCCUCUGCGCCAGGCGGAGGUGCGCAGGCGGGAGGCUCGCUAGGAAGGAGGGCUUGCAGGAGGAGUGCUGUGCAGGAGGAGCGUGCAGGAGGAGGUGUGCAUGAGGAGGCUGUGCAGGAGCGAGGCUGGCAGGAGGGCGGCUGCGCAGGAGGAGGGCUCCUGCGCAGGAGAGGAGGCUGUGAGGAGGAGGCUGUGCAGGAGGGAAGGCUGUGCAGGCGGAGGCUGUGCAGUAGGAGGCUGCGCAGGAGGCGGGCCCUGCGGCAGGGAGGAGGCUGUGCAGGAGGAGGCUGCACAGAGGGAGUCAGCCCGAGGGAGAGACUGCCCAGUGGGAGGCUGCCCAGAGGGCGAUGCCCAGAGGGAGAUGCACAGAGGGAGACGCCCUGCGGGAGACAGCCCAGAGUGAGAUGCCCAGAGAGAGAUGACCAGGAGAGAGGACUGCCUGAGGGCAGGACUGCCCCGAGGGAGACUGCCCAGAGGGAGACUGCCCAGAUGGGAGGAGGAAUGUUCCAGAGGGAGACAGCCUACAGAGGGAGACGGCAGAGGAGGCAAGGCCAGAGGGAGGAACACAGACCCAGUGGGAGCCUGCCCAGUGGGAGCCAUGCCAGAGGGUGGGACAGCCCAGAGGGCGACCCGCCCAGUGAGUGA